AUGGCGAUGGUGUGGGUAUUAGCCUUCCUGCUCUAUGGACCUGCGAUUAUCAGCUGGGAGUACAUAUCCGGCCGAAGCAUCAUACCCGACGGGGAAUGCUACGCUGAGUUUUUCUACAACUGGUAUUUCCUCAUCACAGCCUCCACCAUCGAGUUUUUCACCCCAUUCAUCAGCGUGGCCUUUUUCAACUUGAGCAUUUACCUGAACAUCCAGAGGCGCACCAAAGCCCGCUUGGAUGUGGUGCAUGAGGCUCAGAACCAGAAUUUUGUGGAGGAGAUCGAAAUGAGCCCUGAAGCCCAGCUCUCCAUGAAAUGCUGCAAGUGGGAGCAGAGAGAUCUGGCAGAAACUCUGGGUGUCCCAAAAUGGGACGCCCAAGAAGAAAGCAGCAAAGAGAGUACGAAUGUCAAGUAUUCGAGCACAGAGAGCUCUGGGUUUACCGGCAGCAAAGCAAAGCUUUUCAUCAAAAAGAAUUACAAACACUCAACAUCUACUCUUUCUCUAGAGAAACGGAUGAAGGUGGCUUCCCAGAACAUGAGCCAACGUUUUAGGCUCACCAGAGACAAGAAAGUAGCCAAAUCUCUGGCCGUUAUAGUGGGGAUUUUUGGCCUCUGCUGGGCACCGUACACACUUCUCAUGAUUAUCCGAGCUGCAUGUCACGGUCACUGUGUCCCUGAGUACUGGUAUGAGACCUCCUUCUGGCUUCUGUGGGUCAAUUCUGCCAUCAACCCUGUCCUUUACCCUCUCUGCCACCACAGCUUCCGGAGAGCUUUUGUUAAACUCUUGUGCCCCAAGAAACUCAAGAUCCAACCUCACAGUUCCCUCCAGAAAUGCUGGAAGUAA